UACAAAGUGGUGGUGCUGGGCUCGGGCGGGGUCGGCAAAUCCGCCCUGACCGUGCAGUUCGUGACCGGCACCUUCAUCGAGAAAUACGACCCCACCAUCGAGGACUUCUACCGCAAGGAGAUCGAGGUGGACUCGUCGCCGUCGGUGCUGGAGAUCCUGGACACGGCGGGCACGGAGCAGUUCGCGUCCAUGCGGGACCUGUACAUCAAGAACGGCCAGGGCUUCAUCCUCGUCUACAGCCUCGUCAACCAGCAGAGCUUCCAGGACAUCAAGCCCAUGCGGGACCAGAUCAUCCGCGUGAAGCGGUAUGAGAAAGUGCCAGUCAUCUUGGUUGGGAACAAAGUGGACCUGGAAAGUGAGAGAGAAGUGUCAUCCAGUGAAGGUAGAGCCCUUGCUGAAGAGUGGGGCUGCCCCUUCAUGGAGACUUCUGCUAAGAGUAAAACAAUGGUGGACGAACUCUUCGCAGAAAUUGUGAGGCAGAUGAACUAUGCUGCGCAGCCUGACAAAGAUGACCCAUGCUGUUCUGCAUGUAACAUACAAUAGCAUUCAGAAAUGCCGAUCCUGGACAGGCUUUGCCAGGUAUCAUAGGUGAUACAAGCCUCGUCUGCCGACUGCAGAGUUUGCAGGAUGUGUGGUGUGAAUCUAUGGUGAAAUAGCAGCCCUCAUUCAGAAUUCAGCAGUGAUUGUCCGUUGAUAUCUCUGAGUAACAUUUGGGUUCAGUAACUACAGUUUUCACCAUUGUCCUCAGUCUCCUAGACACACCUGCAACUUUGAGGCAUAGCCAAUCAAUCUACAGGGUGAUCUCCUUUGAAAGCAACGAUGGCAUCGUCGCUGAGUUGACCGAAGCAACUAUUGUAUAAAUUAAAAGUAAUCAUGAGAGAGAAACCAGAAGAAUUCCUAUGACCACUACAAUUAAAAUAUUUUAUCUUCUGUAAAAAAAUAAUAAUAAGUAAAGGAGAAAUAUUUUCCUACAAGAGUACUGAAUUUCAGAAUUGAGAUAGUGCUUCUAAUCAAUGUAUUCUGUCAAGUAAAAUAACAGCUGACCUGCCAACAGCAUUACAGGGAGAGAUUCUUUGCUCAACUGACACAUUUCUGUUUUUCAAAAUUGAUGCUUAAUUGUAGAUGUUAUCCUAAUUUGUGACACAGAACUAACUCAUGCAUCAGUCCUUGCUAGAGCAAAAGUCAAAACAGGUUGUGUAAACAUACAAUCUCGCUUUAGAAGUGUAAAGUCACCUGCUUUGCCACAGAAAAUGGAGGCUCUCACAAGGGUUUGAUCUGAAUUAAAGCCCCAACCCACCCUCUGGUAAUCAAGCAGAUAUGGUCUUUAUUACAUUUCUAAACAAGAAGGAAGCAACUGUGAUGCAAAGAAACUGCGCAGCCUUACUAACAAGAAGCGUUCUAGUAGUAGCUGAACUAGUACCAUCAUGUAAGGAAAAUGAAGCCAUGUUGCAUCCAUAUGUUCCCGUUUGCAGAAACCUCACAGGACAGUACAAGUAUUUUGCAUUUUUAUGUUUGUUAAAGCAGCAAAUUCCUUCUUGCCUUUAAGGGCUAUGGUUGUGGUGUGAUUCUUGGUUAACCUGCUUUCCAAAUCAAGUUUGCUUGUAGCAGAGCAUUAUUGCAGGCAUUUAAAAAGGUUGAAUAACCAUGUGAAAUAAUUUGGGCUUAAGAGUAGAACAUAAAUUAUAGAGUGGAAGGUAAGAGACAAAAAAAAAAGUCUUUUAUCUUUAAUUUUCCUGGAGAAUUAUGUAAAGAUUUUCCUAUAACAAUUUUGCCCUGAUUACUGAAGUGGCAAAUAAAGCUAGAGAAUAUUUUGUUUUGAAAA